UGGGCAUCCAUUAGCGGCGAGAGCUCAACUUCUUUCAAUCUAUUUUCGAUCGUCUGGUUAUAAUGGACAUUGUUAGAGGCCAGUUUGAUGAGGUCACACGUUCAGCAACUGGUUUUCGAACACGCCCUGGCAGCCGAGUGGCAAGUGGUCCAUCACCAGACAAGCAAAGACGGAAUAUACACUGCUCUGGAGCUAUGGUGGUUUUAACACCAGAACCAAAUUUAUCCCAGGAAAGGUCUGAGUCUUUGGAAAGCCAUUUUAACCCCGUGGAAUCCUCAGCUAAUCCUUACUUUGAUGAUCUGGACAGUGAACUGCAAAUUUUUACUGAAGAAGACGGAGUGAAGAUUUUGGGUACUAACAAUAUAGAUCCUGAAGGACAACACGGAUGUCUUUCCCCACCAAGGGAUCACAUUAAAUCUAAUACAAUGGAAGUUCUGAUUUCAGAAAAAUCAGGGAUCCCUCCUACUCCAACAGAUUCAGAGGAGAAUUCUGAUGAUCAUUUAACUAUCCAAGAUCAGACAAUACCAUUAAAAAAUGAAUCUGAUAAUUAUAAGCAAGAGGAUUUAGUUGACAAAGCUGAAGAUUCCCAACUUGAAGAAGCAAUAGCAAAAAUGAAAACAUUGGAUAAGAUUUUGGUAAUGAAAGAAGAAAAAGAAAGGCAAGUGAAGAAACAGGGAGAAGAACUAAGGAAAAAGCUUUGGGAAGAACUUGAGAAUGCAAAACCUGAAGGAAUGUUUGAGCACCCUGAGGUGACAGAAAAUACAAUGAGAUUCCUAGCUCUGACACCAGGUGGAAAUGUUCAAUCAGCUGAAGAACUCCUGGUUAUGUCUAUAUUCCACACCCAACUCCCUGUGGAGGACUAUGAAAGGAAAUCUAAUGAACAAGCCCAUGUUUACCAGGGCUGUGCUGAAGAAGUUAAAUUGCCUUCAGAAGCUUGCUCCAAAAAUGUCCAAAACAAAGAAAAUGGGAGCCAAAUACUUCCCCAAAAUAAGAUUAAAGUUAAAGAUUUUAUUAAGAAGAACAUUGAGUUAGCAAAAGAAGCUAAGAACCCAGUGCUGUUGACUGAUGAUGAGAAAAGAAGAUUAGCAGAACUAUUGAAGAAUGUUGAUGCUGAGAUACCAAACCAUGAAGAUACUUUGAUGCCCUGGGCAGUAACAGUGGCAGAAAGGGAUGGAUAUACGCCAGAACCCAUAGAGCAACAACAGUUGGCUGAGAUUGAUGCUAAACUGCAAGUUUACCUUUCAGCUGAGAAUAUACCCAUGAAAACAAGCACAAGAUCCAGUGUACAAAUCUGGAAUAAUCAGAGCUCCGUGGAUAGUUAUACAGAGAUUGGGCCAGGAGAAGAGGUCCUUGUUCAGUUGCGAGAUGAACGAGAGCAACACUUGCGAAUGGAAGAGAUAGAACAACAGUUGAAAUGUCUGGAGGCAAUAUCCAGUGAUGCUGCUAUUGACGGCGUGCCAGACUUACCAAAAGAGACAUUGACCUCCUUAUUGGACGAUUGUAUCCGAUGUCAAAGUUCAGGAAAGAUAUUUGAAAAUAACAUUUUGGAUGCUGAUUCUGACCUUUCUAGUUCCUUAUGUUCUCAACGUUCUCAGGCAAUAAUUGAAAUUAAUACACCACGGUUGUCAGACUCUGUCCUUUCUCAGCUUUUGGAGGAGGCACAUAGAUCUGGCCUUUCCCUGUCUUCUGGCAGAGCAGAAGGAGGCAGCAAGCAAUUGGCUGAGAGUGAGGACCCAAAUUACUAUCGGAACCGAGUUCUGGCUAACGUUAACAGACUGUCAGGAAUAUUGCUGGCAGUUUCAACAACAGAUGAUGAUAACUCAGAUGGAGAGGUGGGGAAGUUGAUGCCAAGCAGCAAUGAGGUGCCCUACUUGACCAGGGCACUGGCGAUUAAACAAGGGAAAAAGCCCUCUUUCCUUGUUGAUUCAAACCUUAAUGGAGACACAGAACAGGAGCAGCAAACAACCGACAACACUCCUGCAAUUCCACAGCUGCCGCACAUAGGUGAUGAAAAUGUCACUGCCAGUGAAGUGGAUAUAAAUAUUGCUGACAAUGAGGUUUUUGUAUCUUCUAUCUGAAUUGAGGAUGGUGAAGAAAGAAUUUCCAGGGUAGACCGGAUCUUUGAUUGUACUGGCUGCUUAACUACGGCAUCAAGAAGUGAAGACGGAGUCCUUGGAGGGGAGUCUGUGUUCUGGGAUGUGCUAAGCUGCGACCAUAACCUCCUGCAAUUUCUCAUGGUCACAGGCAGAGCAGUUGGCGUACCUAGUCAUGAUGCGUCCGAAUAGAAUGCCUUUUAUAUGGUGCAUUGACAAAAAUUGGUGAGGGUCAAAGGGGGCAUGCCAAAUUUCCUUAGCUUUCUGAGGAAGAAGGGGUGCUGGUGAGCUUUUUCGGCCACAAUGUGGUUAGACCAAGACAGGCUAUUGGUGACGUUCAUUCCUAGGAACUUGAAACACUCAACCUUCUCAUCCUCUGCACCACUGAUGUAAACAAGAGACUGUCCAUUGUGCACUUGCCCCCAUUCUGAAGUCAAUGACCAGCUCUUUUGUUUUGUUGACAGUGAGAGAAGCUUAGAGAUGAGUUUGUUUAUAGUUAUUGUAUUGGAGGCAAAGCUGUAGUCAAUAAAGUAUAGUCUAACAUUGAUGUCAUUAGAGGUGAAUGUAGGGCCAGGGAGAUGGUGUCUGCUUACCUGUUUUGGCAGUAGCCAAAAUGUAGUGGGUUGAGGCUCUCUUGGAGGUUGAAGUUAAUGCAAUGCCAUGAGCAGCCUCUUGAGCCCUUCAUGAUGAAGCUGUCAGCCAGAAGAGUGACAGUGCUCUGAGGAAGUUCUGAAAAAGAGGUACAGAACUAAUGUAAAGAUUUCUGGCAUUGAGGCUUGGAACUAAGACAAUCUCAAAGGAGUGUAUUACAUAAUGGCAACCUGAAAGAUUGGUGCUCAUGAUUCUGAGAGUUAGCCAGGUGAUCAGCCUCAGACCUGUCCAAAUGAGCACUGAGGUGAUAGUGAUAUAUCCAGCCUUAUAGAUUACAAGCUAUUACUUUACUCAGAUGAAUAAGUUCCAGUUGGUCAGUGGUUCAGUCCAUGAUCUGGAAAGACAGGACAUCUGGAGGUUCCUUUCUUUAUAGUAAACUGAGGGAUGGAAUGGUAGAGAGGAAGAGAUGAUUUCACUUUAUGGGAAAACCAGAACUAGGAACCAUAAGUAUACAGUAGACAGUCAGUAUGAAAUUAAUAAGGAAAUUGGUAGGAAGUAGUUUAUCCAGGAUACGAUAAGAAUGUGGAGUUAUCUACAUAAAGUGUAAUAGUGAUGAUUUCGAUAGGAUAGUGAAAAUAACGUGUGAUUUGACCUUUUACCAAGUCUUUUGUGUUAUUCAAAGGAAACAAAUUGAAAUAUGGUAAGGCUAGAACCAGAAUGCAUUCGUACUGAGCCCAAAACAGAGGAUUCAGUAGCUGUACUGUUUGUGUUCACCUGGUUCAAAUACAGAGGGAUGACUAAACUGACUCUUUGAAUCAAUGAAGGGAUAUUUAAAAAUCUGAAGUGUUUUAUUUUAAACAUUAAAAUGAUCUUAAAUUGAAAAUUAAAAGUAUUAGAAAUGAAUUCAAAGAUUGGAAAUUAAUUUAAAGCAUUGAGAAAGCAGAAUGCAUAAGUACAGAACUACAACAAAUCUGAACAUCAUUUAUUCAGGAUUGAUGAUCCCAUGACUCAUCAGAUGAAUGUCGCCCUGCUCAGUUAAGGGGCAGGGUGCUAAGUGCACCCGACCUUUCAUCUCACUGCACUCACACCAGAACUGCAGCUUGCCUCUGACCUCUUGUCUUUGAUUGUACAGGAAAAAUCAGAGAGAAAUUGAUCUGCGAGAACGUUGUUCGUGGUUCUCUACAUUUGUCUUGUGAUAAGUAUUAACUACCCCACAGUUAAUCAACAGAAAACCUGUCUAUUAAUAAGUAAAUUAACUACAUUCGUACUAGUUUAGGUUAUUAACUGGUCUAAGCCUUAUUUUGGGCUUGUAGUCCUUCGAACCCCAACAAUCACCUGAAAUAUCUAAUGUAAGUAAAAUUCAAGAAUCUAUUGUUAUUUAGCAUAACUUAUUUUUAUCCAAGCUAACAAAAACAAGUUUUUGUCCUGUUCAUUCCACUGAAGAAUAAGCAGCAAAACCUAAAUUGAAAAUUUACACGGAAUGCAAUUGUUUUCCUUUUCAACGUGCAUGUAGAGUGGCUGGUUUUAAUCACAUCUGGGACAGAUCAUGCUAAUUUUUUUAUGAGGAGAAAGCUAUUUUAAAAGGAAUUAGCAAUUUUGAUUUGGAUUAAAUUUUAACUAUGAUAAAAGCUUCAAGAAUCAAGUUAAUAAGUGGAAGGAAAUGGAGUGAACAUUUUUAAUCAAAUGAUAGACCUUGAGAAAUUGUUCUUUAUAUUCUGUAUAUUACUUAUGGAAAAUUUACAUUUAGACAUUACAAAGAAAUAAUAGUAGCUUUUUAAAGAGAAAAGAAAUGAAAGAAAUGGUGGAGAGUUGGGGAGGGGUUGGAUUCUGGGGUGAAUGUAUUUUCUUGCAUUGAAAAAUACUGAUUUAUAUUUGUUUUC